CCAAAAUUGUGGACCGCAUUGUCAAGGAUCGGGAGAACCUCUGUGUGCGCUGACUUGAAAAAUCCUGCGAGCCCGUAUGAAGUUUGUUUCAUAAGGAGCAUGGAUGUCGAAGGAGCUGUCAGUUAAAUGGUCCAUCAGCCAAAGUCAGGUUAGCCCCUAGUCAGCUUCACUUGGCCCACUCCGCAGGGAACGGAAAGACCCGGUUACAGGCCUAAAAUCCUUUAAAAGAUCACAUGGGUCUAUGAAACAUUAGCUCUGUCUCCAGCAGAAAGACCAUACAAGAAACAUAUAUGUCCCCCGUUACUGUCCCUACCGACACCCCUUAGGAUUGUGUAUAAACUGUUCUCGACGCACGCAUACUAUACAUAUCACGCAUAAACCCCUUAGUGCACAACGGCUUCUAACCAGUCUAAUUAAUUAAUACAUCUCACAUUGAUCUAAACAUGGAUCCAGUUGCCCCUGUUCAGGAAGAUAUUAGGAGGGUCGGGCGGAAGGAGUUAUACACGGACUUUGGAAAGCGCAUGGAGUAUAUAAAGACAUUCUUGGAUUUCACAGACGACGACGUCAUAAUAUUCAACAAAGGCUCGAAAUAUCUCAAAACAGUCAUUCCGGAGCUCACCCAUCGUCUCUAUGAGAAAAUGCUUGAAUUUGACAUCACAGCUCGUGCUCUCCGCACUCGAAGUACUGCGUCCGAAGCACAAAUCGAGGACUUGUUCACAAUCGACAGCCCUCAAGUGCAACGGAGAAAGAUUUUCUGGAAAUGGUAUCUGACCAGGCUAUGUUCAGAUCCCGGCCAGCCUUCGUACUGGGAGUAUCUACGAAAAGUUGGGGAAAUGCACACAGGAAAGGUCCUGAUGCACCCAUUAACAAUCGAGUACAUCCAUAUGAAUGCUUGCCUCGGUUAUGUGAAACAACUACUCUUCGAAACCAUCUCAUUGCACCCAGAAAUGUCUGUCAAGUUCAAGUUCGCUCUCAUUAGAUCUAUGAGCAAGGUCUUCUGCAUCCAAAACGACCUAAUAUCCAAGUGCUACAUAAACGAAGGCCAGGAGUUUGCAGAAGAAGCGUCAAACACGACCAAUACAGACAAUGCGUCAGCCAAAAGCAACACGGACAGUGCCUCAAUCGCCACAGGCAUCACGGACAAUGCAUCAACUAGAGGUAACACGGAGAAUGCAUCAACUAGAGGUAACACGGAUAAUGCAUCCAUUACCACAGGCAUCACGGACAAUGCGUCAGCUGUCACAGGCACCACAGACACCGCCUCAACCACAACCGCAGACACUGCCUCAAUCACUAACAGCGAGGUAUCCUCAAUGUACCGGGAGAAACAAAGCCACCCCCAUUGCCUAAUCCCCGGUUUCAACACUUCCAGACCCAACUCAGCAGGGGAUACACAGAGCUCAAUACCGAGGGACAGAAGUGGAAGCGUUGAUCUGGACCGAGUGAGCUCGACAGCUGAAACGGCAGUGUCCUCUGACUGCCCAUCCACAUCCAGCAGCCACCAUAUCACUCCCAGCGUUGUUUCAAAUCCAUCAGCAUUCGCGUCGCCAUUUGCGGUCGGGCAUAUACACAACUUCGAAACGAAAAUAUGGUCCUCUGGAAUGAAACAGAAGGGAUCCGGGUACAAGUAAAGUUACCAAGUGGACGUCUUUGAUUCCAUCCCGAUGAUCCGUCGGGAUACCGAAUGAUACGAGCGCGGAUCUGCGAACCCAAAUUUUGAGACCCAAGAGCAGUUACCCGAUGAUGAUUUCAACGAUUGACUUGAAAGUGCAUCGAUAGACUGGGUUUGGAGUUUGUCUUUGGCCAUAAUCUUAUCACCCAUGUUGAUUGUCGCAUAUUUCCCUGUUAGCCCUGUUUAUUAGCUAUAUACCUCUGUUCGUGUUCUCUUUUGAUCAAAAAAGGUCCUCUUGCCCCCUUCUGUUACUUAUUGUUUUAGCGAGAAAAAAAGCUAGGUUCCAUUGUUUUACUUGAACUCUGUUUAUAUAUUUUAUAUACCCCAUGCCCAGCUCGUACUGCCAUCGCAAUCUACUCCGAUUCGCACAAAUUUCAUCCAUUAUUCUAUACUUUAGGAGAGCAAAC